AUGGGAUGCACGCAAAGCGAAAUUUCUCCUCAAAAUGAAAGCCCUCGAAAAGGAUGUACGGAUGUUUUAUGGCUGGUUAUUUAUGUUAUUUUUUGGAUUUUAAUGAUAAUUAUUGCAUGUAUUUCAUUUGUAUAUGGAAAUCCACAAAGACUUAUUAAUGGAUAUGAUUCUUUUGGUAAUACGUGUGGUGUUAAGAGCAACAAAAAGUUGAUUAAUUUUCCUUUAGCUGGUAUUAGCACAGCUGACAAGAGUUAUUUAUUUUUUAUGGACCUAAAGGAAUUGAAAAGCUCUCUGAAAAUAUGUGUAAAAGAAUGUCCAAAUAGGAAAUUAGAAUCUUUAUCAGACAUAAAGGACUUCUAUAAAGAAACUGGAUCAAAUCUUUGUAGAUAUGACAUGAAUUUGAAUAAUUUACCAAAUACAAAGGACCUGCAUAAUUUUAUAGGACCAUGUCCUACUUUACCUGUACUUGAUUCAUUUCCUCUAUUAAAUAGGUGUUUCCCUAAAUCUGCAAAGGAUGUAGCACAAAAAGUAUUUGCUGAUUUUUAUGAAUUACUUAACAGUUGGGACACAAUUGAGCAAAUGUUAUCAGAUCUUUAUUCUUCAUGGAAAGAGAUGAUUAUUUGUGUAAUAACAGCAUUUGUUUGUUCAUUAAUUAUGGUGUCAAUCCUCCACUUACUUGCGACCCUUGUAUCUUGGAUAUUCAUGAUUAUAGUAUCCAUUGUCAGCAUAGCAGGAACUGCACUUCUCUGGUACACUUACCAUGAGCUACGGACAAAACAGAGAGAUUUUACUGAGACAUUAUUCUUAGCUGAAUCCUUAAAAAAUGAAAAGGCAUUUUUGUGGUAUUCAAUAAUUGCUACUAUAAUAACAAUAAUUUUGUUGCUGUUAGUUUGGGUGAUGCGAUCACGUGUGUCAUUCCUGGCUGCUUUGUUUAAAGAGACCGCACACUGCCUCGGUUCAAUUCCAGCCCUAUUUUUGCAGCCAAUCAUAACAUUUUUCUUCCUUGUUUUGUUCUUUACAUUUUGGUCGCUUGUUGUGGUUUGUCUAGCUACGGCUAACUACCCCGGGAUACCUUACAAGACAAAUUUUUUAAUCAAUGGAACACCAAUGCCAGACCAUAUUGACAAUGCAGCAGUACAAGCACAGAACCUUAACAAGAGUGCAACAUUAAAAUCUUAUGUUCUAGACCCGGUAGAGUUUGACCCGAUGUGGGUGAAGAGCAUGUGGUGGAUGUGGCUCAUUUGUCUCGUAUGGGGCAGCGAGUUCAUACUCGGCUGUCAGCAGAUGACCAUAGCUGGCGCCGUCUCACAUUGGUAUUUCAGAGGGCCUAACGCAAAUCCAUCUCCCGUUCUAUACUCCAUUGGAAAACUUCUAAAGUACCAUUUGGGUUCUGUGGCUAAAGGAUCAUUUCUAAUUACGUUGUUCAAAGUUCCGAGGCUUAUUCUCACUUAUUUACACGCUAAGUUGUCUUCCAGAGCGGAAAAGGGAUCAGAAUGUGCAAAAUGUACUCUGAAAUGUGGUAUUUGUUGCUUCUACUGCCUCGAAAAAUUUAUUCGUUAUUUGAACCACAACGCGUAUACGAUUAUUACAAUUGAGAGAUGUCAUUUUUGCAAAGCGGCGGCCAGGGCUUUUAGUACAAUUGUAAACAACGCAUUACAAGUGGCGACAAUCAACAGCGUUGGCGAUUUCAUCCUUUUCUUGGGCAAGUGUAUUGUGACGGCGGUGACUGGUAUCAUUGGUCUGUUGCUUCUUAAACGCAACUCUGAUUUACAUUUCUACGCUGUCCCCACUCUUGUGAUCUGCAUUUACUCGUUUUUCAUCGCGCACUGCAUACUGUCUCUUUACGAGAUGGUAGUCGAUUCACUAUUUUUGUGCGUCUGUGAGGAUCGCAACUUAAAUGGAUCAGAUGGACGAUGGAAAAAUUCUAGGCUUGCCGAUCUCGGAGGUCACAAUACAAACAAACAAGACAACGAACAAGAUGGCGCGGAAAUACAAGAUUUACAUGAAAAGUACUGA